CUCAUUCAUUGUAGACGUGUAUACCUGGCUGUAUCUAGCCACAACACCUUAGUGUUUCUAGAUUUUUGUUUUAUUUCAUUUUAUCUUUGACUUUAAAAGAAAUAUUUACAGGGUGAGUGGUCAUUCUUCUACUUCUAGGCUAGCUGCAUGGUGUAGUGGAAUCGGCUCCAGAUGCAGAAACGAGAGAGAUCUCCGGACCAGAGGAUUGGUUUUCAUCAAGCCAAGCAGUUCAUCUUGAGUGGUAGGGGUCACAUCUCUGAGCCAGCUGCUGAUUCACAUAAUGUGCAAUAUGGGCCUGACAAUGCAAUAAAAGGGAUCACCAGUCAGGAGGAUGAACAAGAAACUGUUUGCAGUAGUGGCUGUGAAUGCCAUGUGCCUGGCUGCAACCAAUCGUUUGCGAGGAUGAAUGAUUUUGAAGCUCACUACAUGGUGUGCCAUCGCUUCGUGUGUCGUUACUGUCAGCGCUUCUAUUCAACCAAUCAUCUUCUAGAAAUUCACCUCACAGAGAACCAUGAUAGCUUCUUCUCACUGCUCUCACAACAGCAACCUAUGUAUUGCUGCCUUGAAGAAAACUGCAACCAUCGGUUCAUGGAUGCACAGAGCAGGCUAGAUCACAUGACCAGUUGCCAUGGCUAUCCUGCAAACUUUCUUUUUGACAGAAGGCAAAGUUUUAGAACGGUAGAUACGACCGGAGGCCUUGAAGAAAGCAGAGACGUAGAUGUUGCUGGUCAAAAGAAGAGCACCCACAUAGCUAAUUGUCCAACUUCAACAAAGGUACCAGAGGCCAUAAGCUUUGGUAUAGGAUAUUCAGAGUUCUUCCAUAGUCCUGGAAGUUGAGGGCUUUUGACCUUUGACCUUGAGGAUUCUUGACUCGGAAUAGUGAGAUCAUGCGGAAGAAUGAAACAGACAUCCAAGAGCAGGGAGAGCAGGUGGAAGUGAGAAGCGGUUAAGACUAGUUAAGACUGGU